UGCCUGCGGAUAUCCGACUUUAUCCGCUGUAAAUAUCCGGUUGCCAAAAUCCAUGUCUAUUUCCGACUUUGUUAAAAAUUCUUUAACAAUUCCGGAAUUUUAUAUAAGUAACGCAUGAUAGAUUUAUAGUGGCAUUAUUUAUCAGUAAUGCUCUAUUUAAUAGAGUUCUGCCUUGAUUUGUCCAGCUCUUCAUUUUUCCCUGAUCAGAGAUCAGGCUCAAGGCAUUUUUCAAAUUUUUUGACUUUACCUUGAUAUUUACUUGAUUUAAGAAACGUUUUUAUAAGUAAUCAGUUUUCUUUCUUUUCAUAAUUUUUUCUUUAAGAUUAUGGUUGUCCCCCUUCAAUCCAAUGAAUUUUUUAACAUUACAGACUCCAAAAAAUUUUUGGCCCUAUCCCAAUAUAAGGGCGGAAUCCCACAAAUUUGUCUAUCAAAAAUUUUCUUUUACAAAAACAAGAAUUUUAUUUUUAUUUUUUCAUCUUUAAAUUAUUGGGGUAAAAAUUCUUUUCUCUUUUCUUCUCGAGUGUAA